AUGGGCGCCGGCGCCGGCGCCGGCACGAUGAGCACCUUGGGCAGCCCGGUCCGCGCCUACGACUUCCUGCUCAAGUUCUUGCUGGUGGGCGACAGCGACGUGGGCAAAGGCGAGAUCCUGGCGAGCCUGCAGGAUGGCGCGGCCGAGUCCCCGUACGGCCACCCGGCGGGCAUUGACUACAAGACCACCACCAUCCUGCUGGACGGCCGGCGGGUGAAGCUGCAGCUCUGGGAUACAUCCGGGCAGGGAAGAUUUUGUACCAUAUUCCGCUCCUACUCUCGGGGCGCACAGGGUGUGAUCCUGGUCUACGACAUCGCGAACCGCUGGUCCUUUGAUGGCAUCGACCGGUGGAUUAAGGAGAUAGAUGAGCAUGCCCCUGGUGUUCCUAAAAUCCUGGUGGGGAAUCGCCUGCAUCUGGCCUUCAAGCGACAGGUUCCCACGGAGCAGGCCCAGGCCUACGCGGAGCGCCUGGGCGUCACCUUCUUCGAGGUCAGCCCUCUGUGUGACUUCAACAUCACCGAGUCUUUCACGGAGCUGGCCAGGACUGCGCUGUUGCGGCACGGGGUGGACCGGCUCUGGAAGCCGAGCAAGGUGCUGACCCUGCAGGACCUCUGCUGCCGAGCUGUGGUGUCCUGCACGCCCGUGCACCUGGUCGACAAGCUCCCGCUGCCCAUGGCCUUGAGGAGCCACCUCAAGUCCUUCUCGAUGGCCAGCGGCCUGAAUGCCCGGAUGAUGCAUGGCCGCUCCUACUCGCUCACCGCCAGCUCCACCCACAAGAGGAGCAGCCUGCGCAAGGCCAGGGCCGCCCGCCCCCCGCAGAGCCCGCCACGGCGCUGCCCCCGCAGCAGCUGCAAGGUCUCCUGAGGGGCGCGGCCCGUGCAGGGGGGCCUCCCGGCCGCCUGGGGCCCCGGCAC